AGAGAUCGAACCGAUUAGAGAGCAUAGACUUCCGAGUUCCUUAGCCGCGUCUUCUGAGAACUCCGAAAGCAUUUUCUCUCCGAUUUCUCAGUCUAUCGGUCUUUGAUUUUCCCGGGAAAAUCCCCGCCGGCGAUGUUGGAGAAGAUCGGGCUCCCGGCGAAGCCUUCGUUUCGAGGCAACAAUUGGGUGGUGGACUCAUCUCAUUGCCAGGGAUGUUCUUCUCAGUUCACCUUCAUCAAUCGCAAGCAUCACUGCCGGAGAUGUGGAGGCUUGUUCUGUAACAGCUGCACCCAGCAGAGGAUGGUUUUACGAGGGCAGGGCGAUUCCCCAGUUCGCAUAUGCGAUCCCUGCAAGAAGUUAGAGGAGGCUGCGAGAUUCGAGCUUCGACAUGGACACCGGACUAGAGCCGGCAAAGGCUCUUCCAGAUCAGCUCCAAAAAAUGAAGAUGAAGUUUUGGCCCAGAUUUUAGCUUCUGAUACGAAAGGGUCCUCUUCAUCCAGGUCCUCUUAUCCUGAUCAAGAAGAUUCAACUCUGGAUAGGACAGCAAGUGCUUCUAGCUUUAGUGAGGAAUCAUCUACUACUAGUGCUCUCAGUGAGAUGGGAUCUUCGACCCCUGAAGAACUCCGUCAACAAGCUUCAGAUGAGAAAAAUAAGUAUAGAGUUCUUAAAGGAGAACGUAAGCCCGAGGAAGCCCUGAAGGCCUUUAAGAGGGGGAAGGAGCUAGAGAGACAGGCUGAUGCUUUGGAGUUGUAUUUACGGAAAAACCGCAAGAAGGCUGCUUUUCCUGCUGGGAAUAUGAGUGAGAACCCAAAUCCAAACCCCACAGGAGAUGGCAGCACGAAAUCUCGCCGGCAGAAUCGCUCUCGAGGGGGAACUGAUACUGGAAAGGAUGACCUUAUGUCUGAACUCAAAGAAUUAGGAUGGUCCGAAGCGGACCUUCAUACUGAAGAAAAGAAAUCAGGAAAUAUGAGCAUAGAGGGAGAACUCUCCACCCUUCUUGGAGAAGUCUCUGAUAAGACAAACAUAAAUAAGGGAAACCGAGGUAUAGGUAGGACAGAAGUAACUGCUCAUAAAAGAAAGGCUCUUUUGUUGAAGCGUGAAGGGAAGCUUGCUGAAGCCAAGGAAGAGUUGAAGAAGGCCAAGCUGUUGGAAAAGCAAGCUGAAGAGCAAGAAAUUUUGGGCGGGGCCGGGGAUUCUUCAGAUGAUGAGUUUUCUGAUUUGAUCCGUAGUAUGGAUGAGAACAAGCAAGAAAAUUUCUCUUCUGCUCGAGAACAUAACCACUUUAAUGGACUAAUUGGUGUUGGGAACAUUGACAAUAUUGGUGCAGAUCUUAAUUUUGAAGUCACAGAGGAGGACAUGGAGGAUCCUGAUCUUUCUGCUACUUUAAAAUCCUUAGGAUGGGCUGAAGAGUCUAAUCAAAAUGAUGGUUUUCCUUCUGUCAGUGAGGUUUCUCGGGAAAAUCGAGCUGCCAGGGUUUCUAAUGCACCUUCAUCUUCUGCAAUUCAAGGUCCUUCUGCAACUGUGGUUCAGAAACCAAGAAGAAGCAAAGCUGAGAUACAGAGGGAGCUCUUGGGCUUGAAGAGGAAGGCUCUCACUCUAAGACGAGAAGGUAUGGCCGAGGAGGCAGAGGAAGUGUUGAAAGCUGCAAAGGGACUAGAGGAUGAGAUUGCGGAGCUGGAUGCCCCAAAGGACAAACCUACUAGAAUUGAGCCUCCAGUUAAUAGUUCUGUGGAAGAAGUUAAUGAAGAAGAAGAGGUAACAGAAAAUGAUCUGCAGGAUCCUUCAUUACUUGGGAUGUUAAAGGAUUUGGGCUGGAAGGACGAGGAACAACAGAAAGCAGUAAAACUGCAAGACCAGUCCUCAAGAUCUGCCGUGUCUGACCCAUCUGAAAUUGUUGUUCAAUCAAAAGGGGCUAUCGGGGUCCCAAGAAGCAAAGCAAAGAUUCAGAGAGAGCUCCUGGGCCUGAAAAGGAAAGCACUUGAGCUUCGACGUAAAGGGGAGAUAGACGAGGCCGAAGAAAUUCUGAGGCAGGCAAAGGUUUUAGAAGCAGAAAUGGAAGAACUCGAGGCGGCAUCAAGGGUGCAAGAGCCAAUUGUUUCCGAAGAAAAGAAAGCAGAGAGUUUGAGAUUGGUUGCUGCAAAUGACAUUGCUGAGGAUGCAGUUAAAGCAAGACGAGUUAGUUCCAUUCCUGAAAGAAUCCAGAGCAUCGGAACCACCGAAACAUUGAUGGAAGAGUUGAGUGUGCCCGCCAAUAGAGCUCAGGGAAAUGCAUCAGUUCAGGUGACAGACUUGUUGACAGGGGAUGAUGAUUGGACGAUUCCACAAGUACAUGAUCAAAAGCCAGUGGAUAAAAUGGAUUCUGCUGCUGCACACCCUCUUGCUCACCCUAACACUCAAAAUAGUCCCGUGAAGAGUUCUCCAGAGAAAGAGAUAAGCGCAGAGAAGAGACCCCAAGUUCUAGAAACUAAUGUGGUUCAGGAAACUGCUCAUCAGAAAGCACUUAGCCCCCUGAAGCAAGAGAUCUUAGAGCACAAGAAGAGAGCAGUUGCUUUGAAGAGGGAAGGAAGACUUGCGGAAGCUAGGGAAGAACUGAAGAGGGCGAAGCUAUUGGAGAAGAGUCUCGAUGAAGGGAAACCUCAGCCUCAGCCUAGUGUCACCUUAACUUCUUCAUCAUCCACUGUUCCAUCUGUGCGGGAGAAGGAGCAGGACCCAUCAGCACCAGCUCCUAAACAGCUGUCUGGUAGGGAACGUUUCAAGAUCCAGCAGGAAUCCCUAGGUCACAAGCGGCAGGCCCUGAAACUGCGGAAGGAAGGGAGAAUUCAAGAAGCAGAAGCAGAAUUUGAACUAGCCAAGGCUCUAGAGGCUCAAUUGGAGGAGUCAGGACCAAACGAUACAGGUAAAUCAUCUUCGGAGCGAGCUGAUGAUGUGGGAGUUGAGGAUCUUCUUGAUCCUGAACUCAUGUCUGCACUGAGAGCUAUCGGAAUAGAGGGCCCUAGUACUGCUUCACAAAUCCCAGAUAAGCCGAAACCAGAGCCAGUGAAAGUGAAUGCUGGAAGAAGUGAUAAUAGUAGCAGCUCGAACAAAGAGAGAAGUCAGCUGGAAGAAGAAAUAAGGGCAGAAAAAGUGAAGGCAUUAAACUUGAAACGCUCAGGAAAACAAGGAGAGGCCUUGGACGCUCUGAGGCGUGCCAAGUUGCUCGAGAAGAAGUUGGAUGCUUAGGCAUCACAAUAAUUUGGAGCAUCUGAAGCAUCAAACUUCUCUGAACAGUAAUUGAGGAAUUACGCCAUAGUGCGGUUGGGGUUAUUGGCUCUUUCUUUGAACUUACCAGUAAAUACGAAUCUCCAGAAACCAACACAAUGACAUCACCAUUGGUCCAAGCAUGAAGAAAUUAUCAUUUGACUAAUCUUUUACCGGAACGGAAUGGCUAGAUCGGGAUACGAGUGGGAAAAUUGGGUCAGGCUGGUCUCUUUCCUUGUCAAAUGCACGAGCAUUAGUUACUGUGCAGGGGACUUUGGCAGUUUUAUUUGUAACUUAUACGUAUUGGAGAACUGGAGGGCAUUAACUCAAUGCUUGUUUCAGCAAUUGUUGUCACUGAUACGCGGGAGGUGACGAUAUUGAUUUUGCGAUCAAUUCCUCUGUCAA